AUGUGUCCGGGUUGCAGCUUAUGUCUUUUAGUCAAACAAGAACAAAAUAUGGUCGGCUUAGAACAAAAGAUGGCCAUUAUAUUGGGUCAAAAUGGAUUCACCAUAAUAAAAGCUGUAUUCGAAGUUCAAGAUUUUUAUGCUAUUGUAAAAUAUUAUUUAGUUUAUGAGUUCGAAGAAUCAAAAGUAAUGUUGGCAUAUGUUCAGUGA